AUGGGUCGCAAAAAGAUCAAGAUCCAGCCCAUCAAGGAGGACCGCAAUCGAUCUGUCACCUAUCUCAAACGUAAGGCUGGCCUGUUCAAAAAGGCGCAUGAGCUUGCUGUCUUGACCGACUCGCAGGUCGCUGUGAUCGUCUUUGGUCACAAUGGCAAGCUCGCCGAGUUUUGUUCCACCGACAUAGAUCUGCUUCUCCUCCGGUACACCGAAUACGAUGGCGUCGCCGAAAGGAAAGGUCCCCAAAAUUAUCUCGAUCUCGACAGAGACUCGGACGACAAUGAUGACGAUGACGAAAAUGAUGACAUGGACAUGACGAGCGCUGAUGGCGCCGCUGACGACUUCAAUGGCUCCAGUGGUUCGAACCGUCCAGGUGCGGCGGAUCGACAAAGCACCAGCAGUGCCAGCAGCAACGCCAAAGGCGGCGGCGGCGGUAGCAUGAAACGAAAGGCGGGACAGAUGUCCUCGUCGUCCUCCAACAAACAACUCCACCCGUCGAAUCUUUUGGCAUGCACUUCGAGUCUCGGCUCAGGAUACGGCAUUGCCAACGCAUCCACUGCCAAACAAACUGUCAAUGCCACCCUUCGUCGAAAGAGCCAGACUCAGGCUGGAUCAGGGCUCGUCUCUACACAAGCAGCUUUUCAGCCAAUGCAUAUCAGCCCGUCCUUCAUGUCUGGAUCCGCCAUGCAGCACGUCGUAGAAGGCGCGCCGAUGCACAUCAUGGGCUCGACAAAAUCUGUUCCUGCUAUGCCGCAGCCAAAUACCGGCGUUGCUGACCAAAAUCCACGCAGCAACGAUGCAGCAGCCAACACAAACAAGGCUGGGGCGAUCGCCGACAUGUCCAUCAGUAUGCCCAGCGACGAUCGCCUACCCAUCUUUGUCUCGCCCGCCACGCCCGGAUUUGGUCUGACCCCUGGCGGCACCAUCAUAACGCCAGGCGGGAGGCGAUUCAGCUUCUCCGACGUGCUCCCACGAAGCACCAGCAACUCGACGAUCCAACGACCCGUGACGUCCUCAUCGACGCUUGUACCGCAUUACUUUCACGCCGACAUGCUUGGGUACGUCGCGACACCGCCACCAGUAUUCGACACCAUGUCGUCCAGCUCUCCACUGGAGAAUCAACAGGAUCCAUCCGUCACGCCCGCUUUCCAGACGAGGACCGCGGAGCCAGCCUUGCAGCGAUAUCCGGCUCCCAUGUACAGUGAAGUGACGUAUGCCCCAUCAUCUGUCGCCCACAUGGCUUCUAGCGAUCCGACGGGCCCUGGUGCGGACACGACUGCCAAUAACGAGGCGGGCGGCGCGUCGAAUCACCUCACCUUGCGCGCCGCGGGUCUUGGACAGACUCUGCAUGCAAGCUCUGCCUCGCCUAUGCCAACUCAUACAUCUGCAGACGCUAACGCAGCCUCCAAUGCCUUCUAUGCCGGCUCCUCAGCUGGCCCAAACGUGAAAGCAGCGGUGACGCCGCUGCGUGGCUCGUAUGACAGUUCGGCAACGCCCGAGCUCCUGAGCCACAGCAGCAGCGCAUUAUCGCGGCCAGGUCUUGCAGCUUCUGCAUCGAAAUCGGCGGCGUCGACCGACGAAGAGACGCCGCCUCUGUACGGCAGCGGUGUCGUGGCUGAUCCCAGCAGGUUGGAUCCGAGCUCAGCAUGGCUACCUCUACCACAAGGCGCCGAUCGCAAACCAAACCAGGCCGUUCAAGAGCAAGACCAAGAGAAACUUGUAAGGCCUGCGCCCUUCGAUCCGACGCAGCCGAUGGGCUCCGCUCCUUUUGAGCUACGGUUGCCACCGCGUCGAACGCAUUGA